AUGGCGAACAUCUAUCCCCUCGUUGCGGUCCUUCUGUCAUUCUUUUUAUUCCCUCUAUCUGCACUAUCAAGUGAAGACGUCACCACCGAGUCCUGGGUGGACUGGAACCUCCGCCCCACAGCAAAUACUGACGCCGGUGUCGUUGUCGGCGUUAGUCAAACAGUGUCUACAAGUCGAACGAAAAUAAAUGCCUUCCUCGGUGUUCCAUUUGGUGCACAGCCUGUGCGAUUCGCUGGCCCCAAACGCCCAACUCCAUGGAAGACACCCCGAGAUGCCUCAAAGACCGGACCUGCAUGCAUUCAACAGUUUAACUAUCCAAAUCCGCGACGGGCGUCGAUCCUUCAAUGGUUCAAUACACCUCCUCCCCCAGCAGGUGAAAGUGAAGAUUGCCUCAGCGUGAAUGUCUAUGUGCCUCAGCCGGCAUGGAAGCCAAAACCAGUCAUGGUGUGGCUGUAUGGUGGGGGCCUUCUCUAUGGUUCCAAUGCGGUUGAAAAGUACGAUGGCUCUUUCCUUGCGGCAAACAACGACGUUAUUGUUGUGGUACCAAAUUAUCGUACCAACGUCUUCGGCUUCUCAGGGUCUCCUCAGGUACCAGCCACUGAGCGAAAUGCUGGAUUUCUGGACCAGAGGUUGGCCCUCGAUUGGGUUCAACGCAACAUUGCGGCAUUUGGAGGUGAUCCGACCAAAGUGACUAUUUUCGGAGAAAGUGCGGGUGCUGCGAGUGUCGAUAACCUGCUCACAGUACCACCUCAGCCAGUUCCCUUCCGUGCUGCUAUCAUGGAAUCUGGAACUUCGACAUUCCGUGCAGUCCCAGCAGACUACUCUGCGGCCUGGAAUAUUCUCGUUGCUGCCAUGGGAUGCGGCAAUUCUUCAGCGUCUCAGACUAAUAACCCACAAAUUCUUGCAUGCAUGCGUGCAUUACCCGCCACCAAGAUCAAGGACUACAAUGAACAAAACCGUCUUGGCUGGGUUCCAAUCUACGACAAUGUCACUAGUGCAUAUUAUGCCCGCAAAAACCGCCUGGAUUCCAACCCUGGAAGUUCCAAGAUUGCGCGAGUGCCUAUUCUGGGAGGUAGUAACGCGCAUGAGGGUCGUUUGUACUCCGUUAGCGCCGCCAAUGCCACAUCAUUUGUUCGUGGGCUCUUCCCGUUGGCGACUGAUGCGGAAAUCGCGGGCUUGCUUGCGUCAUACUCUGGGUAUUCCAGCGAGUUCAGACAACUGGCUGCCCUUUACACAGACUUCAUAUUUCAAUGUCCAGCACGCUUGGUGGCACUCGAGACCGCACAAGUUGGCAUUCCUAGCUAUCGGUACUAUUACAACGCAAGCUUCCCAAAUUCGCAGAUCUUCGUGGAUGCAGGUGUGUACCAUGCUUCUGAGAUCGGCAUUGUCCUUGGAACAUAUAACAAGACUGGUGCCACGCCAUUCCAGAUUCAAUUGAGUACAUAUGUGCAAAAGGUCUGGGCGGACUUCGCCAAAGAUCCCAACGGCUUUGGCAGGCCACCUUGGCCAACCGUACCUACGGCUAUGGGAGAAAUCGGAGGUGGUGUUCGCGCAGAGGAUGGACCAAAUGCUCAGGGCAAGUUUUUGACUGUCUUGAGCAAGCAGCAAACGGACGCUGUGGACUCAGGAUGUGCAAAGUUCCAAGCUAUCUAUGAUUUCUUAGGGCACUGA